AUGAUCAAAUCGACCCUGAUCUACAGGGACGAUGGCCUUCCAUUAUGUGCAUCGGUAGACGACGACAGCGAUCCAACCUUGACAGAGCAAAAGAAGAAGAUCAAGAUGGUCGUUUCAAGAAUGACCCCACAAUCCGCAGAGGAAGCCACUUUGGAGAGUGGUGACUACGAGAUUCACUAUUUGAAACUCGCCGUAGUCGUCUAUUUCGUAAUUUGCGAAAAAGGAUACCCUCCAAACCUAGCCUUCUCAUAUCUGAACGACGUUGCACAAGAAUUCGAACACUCCUACGGACUCGAAAGCACCAGACCUACAGUAAGACCAUAUGCAUUUGUCAGUUUCGACAAUUUCCUACAAAAGACUAAAAAAACUUACAGUGACAAGAAAGUACAGGACAACCUAGAUCAAUUGAACAAUGAAUUGCACGGAGUCAAGCAAAUCAUGUCCAAAAACAUAGAAGAUUUACUCUACAGAGGAGACUCCCUUGACAAGAUGAGUGAUAUGAGUGCUUCCUUAAAGGAAAGUUCCAAGAGAUACAGAAAAUCCGCACAAAAAAUCAAUUUGGACCUGUUGAUAAGUCAAUACGCACCAAUUGCCAUUGUUGCCCUAUUCUUUGUAUUUCUCAUCUGGUGGAUCUUCCUAAGAUAA